ACAUUUCUCUCCUUGCCUCGGAUGUUUCCACGAAACUGAACCCACCUUGACAGGUUUUAUUCCUUUCUUAGGAAGGCUCUAUUUUCUUAUAAGUGACCGACAAAACUGAACACAUAAGGUGGGUUCAAUUUCCUGGAAUUUUCUUUCUUGGUCCAUGUUAGUAAACAGAACACAUAAUGAUAAUGUGAACAAGAUAAAAAAUGUCCGAAAUUUGCAGACUUAUUAUAUUUCAAUCUAAUGCCUCUCUUCCUUAGAAAAUACAUGCUGAUCUUCCACGAUUUUUCAUAGACUAAUUAUUCCACACAAUAAACAAAAGUGAAAGUGCAAGAGACUUUACCUGGUUUUGUCUCAGCCAGUUGUAGAAAGAAACGACUGUCGACGAAACUGAACCCAUCUUAUUCUUCUUACAGUCCUGGGACAAUAAUUUUCUUUCCCUGAUUUUUUCCCUUGCAUGUUUCGAGGAAACAACAGAAACUCCUUUUCUUCAUUUUACACAUCAGCUCUUGCCUAAUUUGUAAACGUUUUCUUCACUAUACUUUUCUUCGACGUUUGCAGGAAAAGAUUAAACUCGCCUAGAGUAUGAUCUAUUUAAUUCACUUUCCCCUUCUUCUUCCCCAAAGCCUCAUAUUUCAUUACCCAUAUCGCACUCAAAUCCUAUGAGCUCUGCUCCUCCUCUUCUAGUUUUUAAAACGGGUUGUUACCAUUUUAACUAUAACAAAUGGCGUCUUCCUCAUCAUCUCAGAAGCAAAAUCGAGAAUUAAAUGCUUUCUCUGGAAUUGAACCUGCUGGCAAAAGAAGGAUGGUUUCUGAAUCUUCGAGAUUGUUUGAUGUAUUCAUAAAUCACAGAGGCCCCGAUGUCAAACAAACUUUGGCGACUGAGCUUUAUGAAUCUCUUGGGCAAAAGGGAAUACAGGCGUUUCUUGAUUCUCAAGAGAAGGAACUUGGAAACUCGUUUCCUUCCACUAUUGAGACAGCUAUCCGCUAUGCUAAGGUGCACAUAGCCAUCUUUUCCAAAAGAUAUGCAGAGUCCCCUUGGUGCCUGGCUGAGCUGCUUCUUAUGUUAGAAACUAAGGCCAAAAUUAUUCCUGUGUUUUAUGAACUCGAGCCAUGGGAACUCCGCCGCAUUGAAAAGGGAAUAUAUGCUGAUGCAUUCAAGAAAUAUGAGGAAAAGGGCAGGUACCUCGAAAAGCUCAACGAGUGGAAGGAAGCCCUUCAAACUCUUUCAUUUAUUGCUGGAGUAGAAUUUCACAGUUUCAAAGACUACAAAAUCAUAGUAGCAGCAGUAGAAGAGGAAGUAAAAAGGAAAAAAUGUUUACAUGUGGCAAAAUAUCCAGUAGGGCUUAACGAUCUUGUUCAAGAUUUUGAAAGAAGAUGUCUUGAUGAACUUGUUCAAGAUUUUGAAAACCAGUGUGGCCUCGAAAAAAGGAAAGAUAAGCCUAACAUUGUUGGCAUUUUUGGCAUGGGUGGUGUCGGGAAGACAACUCUGACCAAAGAGUUGUUUAACCGAAAGCGUUCAGAUUAUUCUAGAUCAUGUUUUUUGUUUGAUGUGCGCGAAGCCUCUGUGAGAAGUGAACUACCUCUUUUGCAACGCCAGCUUCUCAAAGAUCUAUUCGAUCACAAAGAUCCGAGUUUGAGUUUUCGAAACAAAGAAGAAGGAAAAAGCGGUCUGAAUGAUCAUUUACAAAGAAGCCACUCUUUAAACUUCCUAAUAGUUGUAGAUGACAUCGAUCAUGUGGAGCAGUUAGAUGCUCUACUGAUCAUGGAUAUCUUAAAUAAAUCAAAUAACAGUCUGAUUAUUGUCACAACCCGUGACAUUGGUGUGGUUAUAAAUGCAGGGAUUACCGUCGGUUAUCCUUUAAAAGGAAUGGACAGAAAUCACGGUUGGGAACUCUUUUGCUGGCAUGCAUUUGACCAACCCCUUCCACAUUCUGGGUACGAGGGAUUGAUUGACCAAUUCGUAGAUGUGUGUAGAGGGUUACCUCUUUCUCUUCAGGUUCUGGGCCGGCUUGUUCGUGGUAGACCUCACGAAUAUUGGGAGUUAACAUUGAUUAAAACUAGAGAGAUGCUGCCUCGAGAUGUAAAGCAAAGUUUGAGAAUAAGUUUUGACGCAUUGGAGGAUGAAGAAAAACAAGUUUUCAUGGACAUUGCUUGUUUUUUUUGUGGGCAAAAAAGAACGUAUGGCCGAGAGAAUAUUGGAGGGAUCAGGAUGGAACGCUAAAAAUGCACUGCAAACACUAAAAGAUAAAUGCCUUAUAGAAGGAAUCGAUAUGUUUGGAGGCAUUGGAUUGAGAAUGCAUGACCACUUGAGAGACUUGGGAAGAGAAAUGGCACUUGAGCUCAGCUCUCCUAAACGCCUGUGGCAUCCUCGAGAUUUGGAAUCUUUGCAAUUUACGGGUUUGAAAACUAUCCUCGCCAAAAUCAAUGCCAGGUGUUUCCAUUCCAUUCAUGACAAUUCCUUGGGCUGUCGAGUUACAUUCUUUUUAGGCCAGUCAGAUAGUUGUGUUGAGAUGUCAGCUUCCUUACUAUGGCUAAAGCUGGAUGGACCCUCCUUUGGGGCAAUCGAAAGUCAAGCAAGCUUCCCUUCAUGGAUUCCUCUUCAAAAUUUGCAGUGUUUGAAAAUCUGGGAUAGAGAAUUCAAAACAUUGUUCGAGAAUCGCAUACAGUUGCAGGGAUUUGCAAAGAUUAGGAGGAUCAGGUGAUCUUAUCAAACUUCGAGAGCUGUUUAUUAGUGAGUGUCCCAAGCUUGAGCAGUUGUUGCCAAGUCUCUUCGGAAUGAGCUGCGUGGAGAAGACUAAGAUUCACUCUUGUGAGAAGGUACAGAACUUUAUGCUACAACCAACACUUACAGAGCUGUUAAUUACUGAGUGUCCUGAGCUUGACGAGUUGCCAAGUCUCUCCAGACUUAGCUGCAUCAAGGAGAUUGGGAUUGACUCUUGCGAAAAGCUGGAGAAAAUAUCAGGUAUUGAAGAGCGUCCAUUACUAUGGAUACUACUUGGCAGCAAUGCAGUUAUACGGAAUUGCAUUCAUAAGUUGAAGGAUGGUCUAUAUUCUCGUAAAUAACGUUUCAAGUGACCUGUAAUUGAAACGAAUUUACUGUGGAUGAACUGAGAGUCUUUUGUGUUUUAUUUCAGAGUGUCCCGAGGAAACUGAAUAUGAUUGGAAGAGCAGUGGAUGGAACAGAGUCAAGUUUAAGCAAAUUUCUGUUUUAUGACGCUCAUAUUGGCCCCGAUGCACUUACAGAGAUUGUUACGCAAAACAGAGGUGAUGUGGACAUUUAUAAGUGGUGCAAAAAAUGGAAUGAGACGAGGGAUGAGACGAGGGCAGCUGUUAUUGUAUGCUUUGUG